UCAUAAUUCCUUUAGGAACAAAAUUGACAACAAUUAACGUGAAAAAAAAUACGUUGAAUGAUCAUUUUUUAAUCUUUACUCUUGCACAUGCAUUUUCAUGCAAUAAUCGCAAAAAAAUUAGAAAGCAAAACAUACCCUGUUUUAAUUUCCUCAGAGACCGCUUGCUCAAACAUUGUGGGUUGUGUUUACACAUUAGGCGGAUGUUGUCAGUUCAACAAUUGUUCCUUUACGUGCAAGCGCUUCCAUUACCAGCAUCUGGCUUUUGGCUCUGAAGACUUUUUUGAUCAUCUUUCAGUGUCUUUUGAAAGGAAAACUUGAAAUUCAAAAUGGGAAAACGGUUGAUUUCAAGCUCUGAAGCGGGCAGGAAACUGACAGCUUUAGCCACAAAAUUUACAAGAAAGAGUUCUAUUAAGAGGUGAUAUAAAGGUGUCUGAAUGUCAGUCUGUUAAGACCAUGAUUUGGUUCACUGAAAAGAACAAGAAUUUAUUCUAGACCGUGGCAGCGCGGUAUUCCGUUCGGUUUUAAUAUAACUGGCUGGAUCGAGUGUUGCCUCAACGAAAGUUGUCAAGUGGGCUUUUAAUAAUUCAUUAGUGCUAUUUUCAGAUUCAGGAAGUCUUAUAAAUGAAAUAUUAGCCAUCCAAAAGUAAAAAGAGAAACAUUCACUUCUACAACACACAUUCAGGUGAUCAACUUACUAACUGGGUGCGGCGCUCAAGUUUUAGCGAGUUUCGAAACCAAGACUGAACUGCAUCAUGAACUCUACAUUGACCACGAUUGAAGUUUUUGCUCAGCAGUUAAAAAGCCGAUCAACUGGCGUUCGGGUAACAGAAUCCUUCUUUAUGUUGCUGAUCAACUUGGUUUCUUUUACCGGAAACCUUCUGCUCGGAAUCGCAGUCAUCCAAAACCCGAAUCUUCGCAGAGCUGUACCAAACAUGUACAUCAUAACUUUGGCUGUUUCAGACUUGCUGAUGUCUUUACUGGGGAUUCCAUUUUCAGUGGCUUCUCUUAUCGUUGGACAAUGGCCCUUAAACAACUUUGUGUGCCAGCUUCAAGGAUUCUGGAUUCUUUUGAUGUGCGCCGUGUCGUUACAAACUUUAGCCGUGACCGCUGUAAACAGGUAUUUUCGAGUUGUUCGUUCGCGCUCGCUGUAUCAGAAACUCUUCAACAUGAAGACAACAAAAGUGACAAUCGUGAUUCUGUGGAUAGUGGCUUUUUUUGCGCCUCUUCCGUACGUUGCAGCUGGACACCAGUUUUUCUUUCACACUGGAAAGGUGUUCUGUGCACAUAACUCUGAAAGCCUUUAUGAAGGUUACGGAGCAUAUCUGGUUCUCGUUUAUGUCCUCAUACCUCUCAUUAUUGUCGUAACUUGCUACACGAGAGUAUUCAUCGCCGUGCGCAAACAUAACCUUAAUUUCAGACCUCGACUUCGUUCAAGAACCCAGUCAAACUUAUCGACCGACAGCAGACUGUCAGUGGAUGAAGUAAAUGUUACCUAUAUGCUUCUAGUCGUUGUGAUAGGUUUUCUAACUUGCUGGACUCCUGUUAUGGUAAUCGAUAUGAUUGACUUUAUAAACGCUGACUGGAAGCUGAAACGACAAGUGUAUGUGAGUUACUCUUGUUUUGGAUUUGCCAGCACUUCGCUCAACCCCGUCAUAUACGGCAUCAUGAAUCGUUCCUUUCGCGCGGAGUACCUGAGAAUCUUGGCGCCUUUGAAGAUAUGGCGAUCGCAAAGCAUAAGUGGUACUGGGUCUUAUGCCGUCCCCGGAGCUGAGAACAAUCGACAAAGUUUGAGCAGAAACCAAGUGGGUGUGUCGUUUAAGAUCGGCGAAAAGAAACCUGUACCAUGUGUACAGAGCAAAGUUGCUCAGAGGGAGACAUCGCGCGAUUACCGAGCGAACAGUUGGGCAAGUAAACGAGAUACAUUCAGAGUUAAAUUUGAGUCAACACAUUCCCAGUAAUGCAGAAACACUAGUCAAACUCUAGACAGGAAGUGCAAUCUUGGAUUUCGGAAUAACGAAACAGAAAAACUCUUCGUACCCGCAUAUUUAACUUUUUACAUGACUUUUACAUGUCAAUGUAAUAACAGUUUAGGCAAACAUAACCAUCAGGGCCGGGUUGUUCGAAAGCCGCUUAACGCUAACCCAGGAUUAAAAGUUAACCGAACUAUUAAUUUUUCUUGUAUAAAAAUGUUCGUUAUUGCUCGCCUUUUGUAUAGUUUGAGCUUAGUCAAGCUCAAAACUGAAAGACAAACAUAAGCAGAAAACCUCACCGAAAAAUUACAACACUGAAAUCAAAGUUCUUGCUAAUCCUGGGUUAGCUUAAUCGGGCUUUGAACAACCCAGCCCAGAAUUGUUAUGAGAAAAUUCGCCGUUGCACAGUCAUUUCUUUAUUAUUUGGAAAAUUAUAGAAAAACCAACAGUAGCCAGGAAUUUAAAUAUUCUCUCCGAUUCUUUGUACACCUGUACCUGUGUAACGUCGUUUCCACUAACCUUUCGCAUCCUUUAGGAAUCUUAUCUUCCAUAUAUGCGUUGUUUAGAUUGAAUUACUUAACUUAUGUAUAUAUUUUAAAAGUUAAUAUGAAGUUGAAUCCGAUACACGUUUUCUAAUGUAUUAUCGACUAGGUUUGCAUUGUCGUAAAGAAAUUACGGCAAAACUGGGUACUUCUGAUGAAGGCCCCCUCAUCAGAGCAUCUAGGGAGGUACACAAAUGGGUCGGACAAGAAGACACCGGCAUUAUCGUGACCGAAGCAGGGGCGCUGUUAAUGUCCUUUGUUUUAUUUUUUGUAAAGUUUCUUCUGUUUAGCUAGAAAAAAGAAGCCACACUGACUAAACAUUUUUUAAGUGUUGGGAUUCAUCAUCAACCCAUCUUUAAUAGCUUUUAAUUUGUGAUAAGGCAAAUCUCUUUUACAUUACAAAAUUCUCAAAACGAAUACUUAAACACUUGUAACAUAUCUACCGUUUUAUUCUCGAUUUAUUCAAGAGAAGUUAAGACAAAGUCAUCGUAUUGUGUUAUUCUCCUUACCAUUUAGUAGGUAUAAUACUUGAUCAUUACAACCUAGUAUUAACAUGAUUUAACUUACAAAAGGAGUUAAUUUUAAUUAACAGAAAAUAAACAAUCUAUACAUCAAGAAGUCUGGGAACACAUUGCGUCAGUCAAAUUACGAGUGAAGGAAAAACUAUGAUUACUUCGAAAGAACUUCUACAUUUUCAAUGCACAAUCCCUUACAGAGCUAUUUUAGCAGAAACUUGCUGAAAAUAGUAAACAAACAAACGAACAAACAAGGCGGAAAGUACUUGCUGAAUUUAUGAUAAAAAAGUUACAAGCUCUACUAAAAAUCAUAAGCAAGGAAUUUCUUGCAUACAGUAAUUGUAUAUACAAACUUUCUCACUAACAACUAUCCCCGCUUACUUAAAGGGAGAAAAAAAAAUUAGGCAUGGGUAAGAUUACUCAGAAAUACUCCCGAACCCAGACGUCGAAUAGUUUAUACACAAGUCUGAUCAAGGUUGGGCGGGGGCACUUCCGCACUCCUCUGGUGCCUUAGAUUUUUU